CACAGUCCUUUGUUGGAGUAUCAAAUUGCUAGUGGCUGUAUGAAUUCUUAAUACCAUUAGAUGGAAAUAUAGGACCCCAAAAUAUAAUUUUGUUUCCUGCUCCAUCUGAAACAACACGUCCAGUUUCCAAAACUGUACAUUACGACACUUGCUUUACUUUCUGGCUAUGGUUGCUAUGUUUCACUUCCUGGUCACGGUUGCCAAGGUAGCUUGUUGCUUCUGCGCUCCUCACGACCCCACACGAGCAAGCUAAUAGCAGUAAACAUCAUCGGAUUUGUUUUUUUUUUUAGGGAAAAAAAAGGGUUGAAACAAUGUCUUUCAUUUCACGCAGCCAGAAAGGCACAAACGGAACGUACACCUUCUCCAGUCGCCCCAGGCCUGUUGAAAACCGCUCCAAAUACAGAGAAAAGCAGACCGAAAAGGCAGAAAAGGCGCACAGCACUUAUGGAAACAUCAUGUAUGAUCGGCGUGUCAUCAGGGGAAACACUUACGCCCAACGCUUCCUAUCAACUGUAGAACAGAUGGUGCAGGAAGACCUCGCUGAAAUGCAAAGACAGCAAGAGUUGAGGAGGAGAGCCAUAGCUCAUAAAAACAAGACCAAGGAGCAGCUACGAUCGUCCACCCCGGAGGCCGUCCAAGGCAGAAAACACAACGUUGUCCAAACAGAGCUUUAUCUGGAAGAAUUGAGCUACAAUAUUGAGCUUUCACAUAUCGAGUGCCAGACUGAUCCACUCCUGGACAGACCUGCAACGCCGCUUUUUAUACCCGCCAAAUCGGGCAAAGAUGUCGCAACACAAAUAGAGGAGGGGGAGUUGUUCGACUUUGACAGGGAGGUGCAGCCCUUGCUGGAGGUCCUGAUAGGCAAAACCAUUGAGCAGUCUCUACUGGAGGUGAUGGAGGAGGAGGAGCUGGCCUGUCUAAGGGCGCAGCAGAGGGCCUUCCAGGAGCUCCGCAACGCCGAGUUGGCUGAAGUGCAGCGGCUGCAGGAGCAGGAGAGACGCCGCAGGGAGGAAAAGGAGCGCCGUAUUGCGCAACAGAGGGAAGCACUGAGCAUGGAAAAAGAGACUGUGGAGAAGAUUGCAGCGCGCGCCUACACCCAGCAGUACUUGGCUGACCUUGUCCCAACCGUUUUUCAGUCCCUCAGGAUCCACGGCUUCUUUUAUGACCCCGUGGAGAAAGACAUCGAGACAAACUUCUUUCCUUGGCUGAUGGCUGAGGUGAACAGCAAAUUGGAAAAGAGAAAUGCUGCAAGGCAGCUCUUGGACGCACUCAUUCAUGAUGUGGCCCAGAAAAAACUGCCACUCUAUACAAACUUGGAAACGCGGCCAGAGAAGUAGAGGCUUGCAUUUUAAAAACGGAAUGAACUAUUCUCACAGGUCUUUGUGUUUUGUUCAAAGUAUACUUUGAUUUUGUUUGUAAUAACUAAGAGUAAACAGACAAUUUGUCUCGGGUAUGCCGUGUUUGUUCAUUUUGCUCAGCCCAACUCA